CUUCUCUCCUUUCCAAUCCUCCUAUUUUUUCUAGUAAACACAAUUGUGUCAGUCUCAGUGAGGAACUUUCACAUAAGAAAAGUCUAUUUUGUUUUCCAAGCAAUAGUUUUUCCUCUCGGCCUCUGAUUAGUACGAGGUUUUUGUUCAAAUUCAUGAUUGAGAGUUAACGCUCUUAGGCUCAACUUAUUAAAAAAACAACUUGUGAAAUGGACAACAAUCGCUUCAUAUCGCGGUUGCAUCCUUUUGUGGCAGCGCGUAAUUCUAUGCACAAUAGUGUUUCGCCCGAAAUUCACCGAUCUCCUUCUGUAGCUAGUAAUAUUCGACGAUGUGCAACUAAAAUAACAUCAGAUGAACAACGUGCUAAAGCUCGUGAACACCAAAAAAGAUGGAGAGAAAAACUCAAAACUGAUGUGGCUAAAAGUGCAGAAUAUAGAGAAAUGCAGCGUGAAAGGACCAGGAUGUGGAAGGAAAAAAUGAGAAUCAAUGAAGCUGAGAGAUUUGGGGAGAUUAGCAGGAAACACCAAGAACAAUGUAAAAAAUGGUGGGACAAGCUGACACCAGAGCAAAGAAGAGAGAAGCGGAAACAGUACAACCUCAAGUGGCGACAGAAUCAAAAGAAGGGUGAUAGUGACUCUUCAGACAGUAAAGAGACUGAUAACUGGCAAUCAUACAAGUCAUACAAUCAAACGAUGUCAGAAAACAACUCAGGACCAAAAGCUGCCACACCUCUGACAGCUCCUGAUUAUUAUUCUGUGAAAAAUGCCAGAUUCAAGAUUCCGUUCAAAGAGGAACCGCUUCUUAGAAAUACUUGGAUAUUGCAAGCUUUUCCUUUCGGGCCUCGUUAAAAUAAAAUUUUAAAAAAAAAGAAUCUCUUCCUCCCCUCGUGACUGUUCGAAUUUGAUAAAGAAAAGAAAAUCCCAAAAAAUCGCUGUUCAUGUUUGUAUAGUUUGGCUUGUGCUCAUGAUUCUUGUACCAUUUGCUUGGGGAAAUAAAUGAUUAGUUUCGUCUUGCA